AUGGCUUCCCUGAAGCUAGUUUUUGUUGAUUGUUUUAUAGUAUGGGGAGGUGUUCUUGUUUUUCUUAGUGGGUUAGGUUUAGAUUUCUCUGAUGUAAUGGCAUGUUAUAACUCUCUUACCAGAGAUAUGCAAGAAAUUAAUAUCAAUUACCAAACGACGUCGGUUCCCCCGGCAUUUGACCUCGCAAAAAUAUCCCUGCAUUGUCGCAACUCCUUAUCCAAAAGUUGGAAUUCCAACGCACGCGUGAACUUCCUCUCGUGUUUGCUUCUGAAGAGCAAAAUUAAGCAGCAAACAAAAUUCGGUGCUCAUGGCUCUACUUCGUCUUCUUCAUCAAAGUCCUCUUUCCUAUCUUCAAAUCCUCUCGGCCAAUCCAAUACUAAGCACCAUACUCGCACUCCCUCCCGAAAUCUUUCCAUUUCUUGGUCUCUGUCUUCAUGUUCUCGUCUCUCUCAUUGUCGUUCUCCUACUCAUACUCAUACCAACACCUUUUCCACCAAAACCAGAAGCGUUAAUGUCUCCGUCGAUAACCCACAGCUGCAAUCCGAAACAGAGCAAGAAGAAGAAGAGUUUUCUAAAGUGAGGUUGGUCGCGCAGAACGUUCCUUGGACUUGUACUCCUGAAGAUAUUCGUGCGUUGUUUGAGAAGCAUGGGAAAGUUGAAGACGUUGAGCUAUCCAUGUACAACAAGACAAAGAAUAGGGGUUUGGCUUUUGUAACAAUGAGUUCACCUGAAGAGGCUCUUGCUGCUCUCAAUAAUCUCGAAUCGUAUGUAUUAGAGGGCCGAUAUUUGAAGGUCAAUUAUGCUAAGCCAAAAAAGAAGAAGCCAGCCCCACCUGUGCAACCGAGGCCAGCAGUGACUUUUAACUUGUUUGUGGCAAAUUUGCCAUUUGAUGCCAGGUCUAGACAUCUGAAAGAUUUUUUUAGUGCUGAAAGGGGCAAUAUUGUUUCUGCUGAAGUUAUCUUUUACGAUAAUCCGAGAAGGUCCUCGGGUUAUGGAUUUGUCUCUUUCAAAACCAAGAAAGAGGCUGAUGAAGCCCUUUCUACUUUUCAAGGAAAGAUUUUCAUGGGAAGACCAAUUAGAGUGGCGCGUGGUAGACAAUUUGCAAAAUUGCAAGCAAAAGAUGCACCGGCUGAGUUGAACCCUGACGAGGAGCAUGAUAGGGCGGCUGCUGUACAUUGAAAUCGGGCUUUUAGAGGAAGUCAGAUGCUUCAUUUGUUGACUUUAAAGCGCCUCUAAUUGAGUUUUUGCAUUUCCAUAUUAAAUAUUUAUCAUUAAGGUUGUCACUUAGGUUCAUAAAUAGAAGGAUUGUUCGUUGCUACUGUAUUGGCAAUGAUAUAAAUCAACUUCAAACUGGGAGCAUGACUUCCUCCAUAUGAAACCCGCGUCCAACUAUGGUGCCCUGAAGGCAUUGUACAAUUUUAUGUUUUCUAAAUCUAAUGAUUAACCGCUAGCGAGUUACAAUAUAUUGAUUUUAAACCAUAGCAUGGAUGUUUCCACGACAAUAGUAUUUUGGAUUGUCCAGAUUUUGUGAGGAAGUUAUUUGAUUUUCA